AUGGUCGGUGGAAAGAAGAGAACCGUGUAUAGAAAGAAGAGAAAAGGAAAACCGUUCUCUGGAAAGCAAAAGCAUAACAAAACUCCGAGCGUUUCAAGAGAAAACCAGCCGAGCACCUCCCAGGAAAAUUCGUCUAUAUCCUCCUCUGAGACACCACGUGUUAGUGUAUCAAGAAGAAAAUUAAACCUCCCAGAGUCCAUUGAAACCCCCGAUCAGGUGAUGGAUUUUGAUAAGAAGGGCUAUCGUCUUAUAGAUAUCGCCAAAUUUUCCGAUUCACUAUCCGAAGCAUAUGUGUGUGAUGAAGGUAAUUACUAAAGGUAGCCUUGUGCCGGAUUGUGUAUCACUGUUUGUGUGUAUGAAUUUUCUUACAGUUUAUCAUUUUGUGUCCUUGAAAUGCUUUCGACUAGUUUAUAUCUUUUCUAUAGAACACAGUUUGAAAUUCCUAAACAGUUACAUCAUUUUUUAAAGUUGUAAUGUUUUGUACUUGUUUCAGUUAUUUAUUGUUUCUCUUCAAAAGCUAUAUUCCAUUGUAUCAAGAAUUUAAAGGUUGUUGCAGUCUAGUAUUUCAUUGAUCUUUUUAUUUUCUAAUUAAUAAUUAUCAUCAAUUAUUAGGCAGCUUGAUGAUCCAGGAAAAUAUAUCAGGAAGACGCGGUCUGAUGAGUGACCUUUCAGCUAGUUGCUCUUCAUGCCAAGAGGAGUCCGAUUUGGAGACCUCUCCUACCAUACCUGGCAAAGGUUAUUCCGCUGAUGUAAACCGUCGAGCAGUAUAUCAUUCUGUAGAGACAGGCGGUGGUUAUAAAAGCCUUGUAACAUUCUGCAGCAUCAUGAACAUGCCUUGUAUUAGUAAGACUGCAUACUAUCAACAUUUGGACACUAUUGUAAGUGCUCUUGAGGCGGAAGCGAAAGAGGAAAUGCGACAGGCUGCACAAAAGCUCAGGAAACUCAAUUUAGCAGAAAACGGAUCUGAGGAUGACGGUUCCGUUGUUGACGUUGGAGUCAGCUUUGAUGGCACAUGGGCUAAAAGAGGGUUUACAUCUCUCAUUGGUGUUGUGUUUGCCAUAUCAAUAGACACUGGGGAAGUCCUUGACUACCAUGUGGUUUCGAAAACAUGUCAGAGAUGUGCCUUGAAGAAAGGGCAGUGUGAGAAUGAUGAAGAAUUUGAAGACUGGGAGAUCGAGCAUGUGUUUUCUGGUGAGUGCGAAAUAAAUUUUAAUGGAAGUUCCCCAGCAAUGGAGGUGGAAGGUGCAAAAAUUAUAUGGAACAGGUCAAUUGAACUACAUAACCUUAGAUACAAGUGGAUGAUAUCAGAUGGGGACAGCAAAGCCUUUAGUGCCAUUGAAGAUACGUAUGAUGAAGUGAAAGUAGAAAAGUUGGAUUGUGUUGGCCAUGUCCAAAAAAGAAUGGGAAAGAAUCUCCUAAAAUUAAAGAAUGCUACUAAAGGCAAACUUGCCGAUGGAAAGACAGUUGGUGGACGUGGACGACUUACCGAAAAGAAAAUUUUACAAAUUCAGCGUUAUUAUGGCUUAGCGAUACGGCAGAAUACCUUGUCUACCCCAAAUCUAACAGAGAAUGAUGUGUCAGUUUCUGUUUACACCAUGAAAAAGAACAUAAUAGCCCUUUUGAACCAUUCAAUUCAGAAUGACGAUCCCACAAAGCAACAUCGCUUUUGUCCUGUUGGCGAAAACUCUUGGUGCAAAUGGCAGCAGGAUGGUGCAAUGGGUACAAGCAUGUACAAAGGAGAUGAUUGUCUGCCACCAGUUUUCCUAGAGCUCUUGAAGCCCACAUUCAUGCAUCUCAGUGAUUCCAAGCUACUUGAAAGAUGUGUUAGAGGUAAAACUCAAAAUAAUAAUGAGUCUAUCAAUUCGUUAGCGUGGGCUCGAUGUCCUAAACAUAAACAUCAUGGGGUAAAGGUGGUGAAAUGUGCGGUCGCAUCAGCCGUCUGUCACUUCCACAGUGGUGCGGCAAGCAGGGAAAGAGUGAUGAAGCGCCUCCAGAUUCCUGUUGGUGAGUUUACAAGAAAGCUUUCAUAUUCGAAAGACAAGAAACGCAUUAGACAGGCUGAUAACCAGAUGGAUGAAAAGCAGAAGAGGCGUCGUCAAACAGAGCAACUAAGGAAAGCUCAACACGAAGAGGCUUUAAAGGAAGCUGAAGGUGUAACUUAUGAGCCUGGUGGUUUUUAAUAAACUAGAAUAACUUUUCAUGGCUGAAUUCCAUGGAAAUCAAGGUAUAAUCUACUCGUAUUGACAUUUAAUGUUGUUCGCAAACUUUAAAGUGGAUUUUCUCAAAACAUGGAUUUUUCGCAGUUGAGAAAGGAUAUCUCCUAGAGUUUUGAUUGGAUUGAGCUGAAAUUUUCUGUGCCUUUUCUUCUCUUCGUGAUUUGUGAGAUGAGCAUAGAACUUCUUUAUAUCUGCUAUAGAAAUAAAAUUAUUGAGAAAAAUGACCCUGCUGAAACUUGCAUGAAAUUUGAAGCGCCGCUGUGGCCGCAAUUUUUAUCACACUAAAAAGUUCUAUGCUCAUCCCAGACAACCAUGUCUAUGCUCCCUAGAAAUGCAAUCACUUUGAAAAUUGCAGCAAUUUACAACAAGAUAUCUUUUCUCAUAUACACCUUGAUUUCGCACAGCAUGUGUUCCAUGUAAUAUGCUGGUAUCGGGUUACAAAUGCUUUUAGAAAAAAAUGAUCAUCAUUUUCAGAAUCUGUGAAUCAUAAGCUUUAACCUGAUAUAUACUUUCUUAAUGUUAUAAUGGCUAUCUUGGAUGCUACAGUCAUUUGAAGUUACGGCCUUGUUAUUAUGUGUACCCUUUAAGGUAAAAUUCAACCACAAACGCUUCGCAAAACGUUUUAAAGUGUUCUUUAUAAAACUAAACUGCCUUUAUUCUUGAAUUAAAUGGCUUUAUCGAUAAACUUUGAGUUUGCAAUAAAAUGAUUUCAAAUUCUAGCAUGCAAAUAACUUCGCUUUCUUUUUUUAUUUAAAAAAAUUCAAUAUAAUAAAAAAGAGAAUCAAUAUUAAAGAUACACUGAAAUGAUAUGCUGUCUUGUUUAGUUGCUUCAUAUACGCAAAGGCCGUCGAGUUUUAAAGCAAUUAUAAAAUCAAUAUUUAAAACAAACUUACCUUCGUCAACGUCGGCAGCUUCUUUUAGCCGAUUCUUUCGCCAUUUCUUUCUUGAAAUUUACAAAAUCUUCCAAAUAUGCGAGCUAGAAUGAAAUAUAUUUGCAAGAAAUUUAUCAAUCAUCAAAUAAAGAAAUGAUUGCUAUUUCGCUGUCGUCAUGCAGUCGUUAUAACGCAAACUUUAAAUUGGACCAAUCACAGUGUUUGCUAUUCAUGACAGUCCGCCAUAUUUUUGAGAUCAGUGAGGAUGACCACCCACGGUUGGUGACCCACGCCCGCGAUAUUUGAUGAACUUUAGACUUCGCUAAUGCUUUCGUUUCCCCGGGUGUAAAUAGCCGGGGGGAAUUAGUACCCUCGCACGGCGCUUCGCGCCGUCGGCUCGGGGAAAAGCUUAUUGAAUGAUGCUAAAAUUGUCAUUUUAAACGCAUUGCAAACUGUAUGUGCUGUUUUGGCACCGAUGAAUAUAUACGCAUUAUGUUAUUUUUCUGAGUGUAGCUUGAAACUAUUGCAAGUACUAUUCAACUUAGCUUGAAGAAAAAUGCGUGAUGCCUUGUUUUUAGAACGCAGUAGGUUGAAUUUUUUUAAUUUUAGGCGCAUAUUAUACUGUGAAUAUCCUUAUAAUUCGUACUACUAUUCGUACUAAAUUAUAUACCUGAUCAGUGAAAGGGGAUGUGAUAUCUUUGUAUUGGGCUUCUUUUCUUAAUUAACAAACAAGUUUUUGGACUAAACUAAGUAAACUGCGCGAGUAGAAUCCAUUUUCACCAGAACUGGUUUAUAAUUUGUAACUUUGACAUUAAAAAGGGGGAUAAGUCCCUUCUGCCCAUGUGCCCGGCGUUUGUUUACAGGUAGCCUGCGGGCAGCCCCAUACCACGUAAACGAGGUAUACCUCCUCGUUUACGUGGUAUGGGGCUGCCCGCAGGCUAUUUACAGGGGACUCCACCGGAAAUGAACCUCUCGUUUCCAGUCCUAUAAUUGAUCAUAUACACGCCAAUCUCGAAACCAGAGCCCGCAAUCCUCUGUGGAGGCUUGCUGAGGCUCUGGGAUGACGAGCCAGACAGCUCCAGAUUGGCAGCUCCAGAUUGGCGAAUCUGGAGCCAGCUCCAGAUACAAUUUCAAUAUGGAGCUGAAACGACUAGUUUGUAAACAAACUGCUUUGGCCGCUUAACUACCGAUGGAUAUUAAAUUUUUUUGAAAGACCAUUUUUUCUUGUCAUAUUCCUUAGUACGUGAUGGAAAAUGAAAACAUUAUUCCGUUCCGUUCGUCCAUGGUAGCUUCUGAAAGAUCACUGUUUUUUCUGACAAAGGGAAUGGUCAGCGGUCGGAUAGAUCGCAAAGCUCGUUUAAAACCUUAUUUUGUUACCUUUAUAAUGAAAAACUCAAAAAUUUGAUCGAUGACCAUUCUGGAGAAUGUAUUCAAAAAUCAUUUCAUGCGGUCAACUUAUUUCCACGUCGCGAAACCGCGAUAAAUAACUCGCGCAAAGUCGAACUGGCUAAUUUCGCGCACUGCCCGGGUGUGUUAAAUUUAUCCUUCCGUGAAUACAACAACUUUGGAAUCCGUACAUUUACGCUUUCGAGGAGUAAGAAAUUGAUAUGUUGAUGACAUAAUAUCAUUUGUUGCGCUUUUCUGAAGAACUAACGAUAUAAACAAGUUUAAUUUCCGAAACACACGACGCAACCGAGAUCGCUAAAAAUGGUAUUAUUAUGCGGCGCAAGUCGUCGAAAGGCCAUAACAUGUCAAAUACGUCUACCAUCUUCUAAAUUGCUUCGCAAAUUUCUUGCUAAUUUCGCCCUGCCACGAAUUUCUAAAAGAUGACCCUUCUAGACUAAUAUUCAUACUAUCAUAUUUUACAGCAUUCGAAACUUUAGGAUACAUAUCCACCAUGAACAACUCAUGAAAACACUAGCAUUCGUUACCGAGAUGAGAAAUCAACUUUCAAGAGAUGUAAAAUAUUAAACGUAAACAAUAAAACACGUCCUCAGCUGGCACGUGCCAGACAUUUGAUAAUCUCAGGGGAAAACCAUAUCAACUAUAAAGGUCGGCAUGCAAAUGCAAUGAGAAGUAACAUACAAAGGCCUAAGCAUUUAAGAGUGCAGAGGAAAAGGAACAAAGCAAUUUUCCUUGUUCAGGUAUGCGCUGCAUAUUUUUCAAUCCAUGAAAGAACUACGACGCUUUGUCACAAAGAUAAAAUAUUUUAUAGCAUGCAUGGGUUUGAGCUUGCGAUUGCGCUGGUUAUGUUAAUAAGGAAGGCUUAUUACACACCCCUCCUUGAGUAUGUGGGCGCUCGCACGUCAUGUUACGUAAACUAUUUAUUGUCAGAUAAGAAUGAACGUCACCGAAACGAUGUAAUAAGUAGCCUAACUUGUAAUAACGAAAUAUAUUAUUUUCAACUGCAGCUUUGUUGUUUGUAUGUUCGUCUAAACGAUAUUGAGUUUGGCUAGUCGACAUUUAUAAAAUAUACCUUAUUUCGCAGUGUUUCCGGCGUACCUGAUUAUAAAUUCGUGGGCAUAAAGCUUAUAAAAGUAUAUAUUGCGUCAGUGGUCUUACACAGCUCGGGAUUCCAGUUGGUUUCUAAUUGUCUUCCUUUGGGAAUCAAGGUAUUACCUAUAGAUUCCUCUGGGAAUCAAGGUAUUACCUAUUACGUACUCUAAGGGAAUCAAGGUAUUACCUAUUGUCCGUGUUUCAUCAUCAGAAGUGAUACUUUAUCACCAAGGUUUAUAUUUUGUUUGAAAGUUAUAUAGUUUAUACUGAUUGCUUGUUGUUCGUCGAGAACAAUGAGACAGUCACGAUUAAAAGAUGUUCCAAAUAUCUUGGAAAAGCAAAACGGUCGGUAUCACCAACGUUAUCGACAUCGGUCCCAAAGCGUUUCACCUGGGAGUAUUAAAAAAAGAAAUAAUGCCAGAAGACUUCAUUUCUUAAAGGACUUGGAAAAUACAGCUAGAUACAUUUGGAGCGUUUCAGAAAAACAAUCGUCACGGCAUGGGAAUACAGUUCCUGGCUUAAAAGGUGGUGGCAGAAAAGCUGCUCAAACAUUGGAUUUCGAAAGACUAGCCAGCAUUAUAAUAAGAGUGUCAAUCUCGAAGGAAUCAUCAAAAAAAGAAUUCUGGAAGGCUGUCGCACAAAACUAUUUUAAGACGUUCACAGUGGACAAAAGGAAAGUGGAACAAUUGCGUCUAGUAUGGAGACGAAACAGUGGGGUCAUUAGAGGCCGAGUUAAGUAUGUGCAUCAAGGAGAGGAAUUAAACAAUGGCCAUUCCAAUGAAAACGAUCGAGCUUCGUGUAUGGGUGACAAUCAAGGAAAACCUAAUGACAUUUCAACACUUAUCCACAGUCAUCUGGAUUCUCGAAAUAGUAGUAAUCAAGGUUCAACGUCCCACGAUAGCAGUAUUGAUGAUUUUUUCGGUCGCGUUGUAGGCCGAGCUGUUGUUACCGUUUACAAUGAAUUCUGCAGUGGUGAUCAACACCAAAACCCAUCUUCGACUUCUAAAGAACCAGAGAUGACGUCGCCGAAUUCAAACAAUGAAGUUGGGGGUUCACAAUGUAGUAAAAUAUCAACUAGGCCCAUUCCACAUCCCAAUUUUCAAUUUCCAAGACAACAUGUAGAAGUGAAGGAAAAUUCUCCAAAUCAUGUUUUCCGUAUUGACACUGUAGAACCCGGCACUUCUCUAACUUGUUAUGAGCGUUUAGACGAGGAUCAGCCUGAUAAUUCGUUUCUGGAUAUGCCCGGUGUGUCAACCAUGACAGUCAAAACAUUGUCUGGUAGCAACGUGCCAUCAUCUGGUGUGUUUCGAGCAACACUCACGAAACCUGUAACCUUUGUAUCGCUUCCUAUAGAAUGGCGAAAAUUUUUCCUUUUGCACGAAAAUCAGUACGCUUGGAUCCAGUAAUCCGCUCGACUUUUAUAAAUAGACAUUACUGCCAUCAAACAUGAAUUACGCCGUUGUUUAAGCUUAUUACGACUUUAAUUAUUCAAAGAACACUUGCCAUGGUUUUGAAUUGUUGUAAGAUACUGGUAGUGAUUUAUUUUAACUUGUUUAAUUCCGGGAAAUCAUGGAUUGUCGUGUUAUUUUAAAUAUUAUUGGCAACGGCUUAUCAUGACCUUAUAUGGUAAUGCUGCACUGUUGUUAUUCUAAUUUUGUUAUACAUAGCAUAUCAAUAUCAGAAAUAGAAUAGUCUUUUGAUUUCAUAUGAGAAGCUAGGAAAGCUUAAUAAAUUUAUUAAAAUUAUGCUGUGUGUUUCAUUGAUAUGUUUAAACAUAAUACACAAAGAGAAAUAAACUUUAUAUUAAUUUUAAACGAUGUUUGAAAUCCGAAUAACGGCUCAAAGUUUGAAUAAUAAUUAGCACUUGAAAAACUUUGAGAGCCACCCGAGCUUGGGCCUGGGGACGAGGAUGUUGAAAAACAACCAAUCAGAGCCCGACUUUCACCGGUGUUUCCCAGAGCCUCAGCAAGCCUCCAUAGAGGAUUGCGGGCUCUGGUUUCGAGAUUGUAUACACGCGCGAUGUUUAUAUUCCACAUAAGGAGUGAAUGGAAAAUAUUUAUAUAGAAUUCGAAAACGUUUCAACAAAUUUGCGACUUUUAUGAAACCAAAUCCACCUAUUAGUAAAUUAUUGAAACAUAUAAAACAACAAUAGAACGCGGAAAGAAUAUUACGCCAACAAGGCUGCCCUAAAAGUGCGUUUGUGUGAUAUUCAGUGCAGCACGCUGUGAUCAAAUCGACAUGUGCUGUUGUCUGCUGCGAUGUCUUUUAUAUUCAGGUAAAUGUUUUGUUUAUACUUGGGUUUUAACUGUCGUUAAAUAUUGAUUUUGGUCAGAAAUUCUACGCUGGGAUUCUAUUGCAUUGGAUUAUGCUGACUAUGUAUUUAAUAUUUAUUUAUCAGAUCUGAUCGAAUAUUCCUCCCAGGCAAAGAAAGUCAAGAGAUUUGAAACCAUAACUACAAUUUACUGUUAAUAUUUUUAUUGAUGCGCUCUUAUUCAAGACGGCUUCAUAACUUUAUUUUUAUUUCUACAUUUAUUUUACUAUAUACAAUUGUUUGUAAUCUAUAAUCAGAUAUCUGAAUAUAAAUCUUUAUAACAUUGUAUGUCAUUUCACAUAUCAUGAUUGUUGUAUAAAAUUAUCGAACUUUCAAGCUACAUAAAUUUUUGUAUGUGCAUGCAAAGUUAUAUUUUAGUAUUGGAAAACUUUCAUACUGUAGGCUGAAACAUAGUAGCAUGAGGUAUAGUCGUCAUCAUGACAGUUGAGUUGCCUUGGAACUCUUACGAUUUUGUGAUAUACACCCACAGUACAUGAAGUUACACUUCAGGAAGUAAUAAAGAUGACAACUGUAUAAUCUUUAUAGUUACUAUAUUAUUUUUAUUAAAAGCAAUGCAUGGUAGUAUCUUUUAGCAUUCUGGAGGUGGCAAUGAGUUUCAAUAUCACAAGAUUUGUCUUGGUAUAUAUUGGAAUUUGUCUUGGAAUAUGUCUUGAGAUCUGACAACUCAGAACUGCCAUUAAUUAAAUUAUUAACACUACUGUAGCUGACAUUGUACAUUAAGUUAUUUUAUUUACCAUGAUAUUCUAGUAAUAAGUGUAUCCAGCAUACAAUAGUGAAAUCAAAUGUUGACUAGGCAACAACCCUUCUAUUAUUCCAUCUGCCAUAAAUCCCCUAUUUUCCCCCUCUAAAAUAGAUGUAAGUCCCCACGGCCCCACCCACUUUUCUAAAACGGAAAUGUAUUACAACCCACCCCCCCCAUAUCAAUAGCUAGAGGAUUUAUG